AUGGCGUUCCUUCAUCAAAUCUCCGGUUUCGGAGCCCUCGAACGAUCAUCUCCGUCGGUUUUGAUCGGAUCCGCGGCGGUAUCGCCGUUCCGGAGCGGGAAUGGCCGUGAAUUCGACGGGAGAGGAAUCACACACUUCGCUUCGAGGGGAAAUAUCAGAUUCAACAGAAGAAGACUGGUUCUUAGAGUUUUUGCGUCUUCAUCAUCUACGUUUAAGAUGAAUUUGAACGAGUAUAUGGUCACUCUCGAAAAACCCCUCGGGAUUCGCUUCGCAUUAUCAGCAGAUGGCAAGAUCUUCGUCCACGCCAUCAAAAAAGGGAGUAAUGCGGAGAAGGCAAGGAUCAUUAUGGUAGGAGAUACACUAAAGAAAGCUAGUGAUUCUUCGGGUGGUAGUCUUGUGGAAAUCAAGGAUUUUGGUGAUACUGAGAAGAUGCUGGUAGAAAGAACUGGAUCGUUUAGCCUUGUUCUUGAAAGACCAUUCUCCCCGUAUCCAGUGCAGUAUCUACUUCACUUGAGCGACCUUGAUAUGCUGUAUAACAGAGGACGUGUGGCCUUUGUUACUUGGAACAAAGAUCUUUUGUCAUCGAAUCUGCGGGCAUCUGAAGGCAGUGGAAACUCUGGCUAUGCUGCAUUUUCCUCUAAAUUCUUUACUUCCCAGGGAUGGAAACUUUUGACCAGACAGAGCAAUUCCUUUCAAUCAGGGACACAGAAGAACAUUCUUUCUCCACCUAUCAGUCCACUCGUCUGUGUCUUUUCAGAAGAAGUGCCCGGAGAUGGGGAAUGGGGUUAUGGGAAUUUCCCUUUAGAGGAAUACAUCAAAGCCCUUGACCGAUCGAAAGGAGAACUGCACUAUAAUCAUGCUCUUGGAAUGCGCUACAGUAAGAUUACAGAACAGAUAUAUGUUGGCUCAUGUAUACAAACAGAAGAUGAUGUAGAAAAUUUGUCGAACGCAGGAAUUACUGCUAUACUGAAUUUCCAAGGUGGAACUGAAGCUGGAAACUGGGGAAUUGAUUCACAAAAAAUCAAUGAUGCAUGCCAGAAGUCUGAAAUCUUAAUGAUCAACUAUCCUAUAAGGGAUGCAGAUUCCUUUGAUCUGAGGAAGAAGCUACCUCUUUGUGUUGGGCUCUUACUACGUUUACUUAAAAAGAACCAUCGUGUGUUUGUAACUUGUACCACUGGUUUUGACCGCUCGUCAGCUUGUGUGAUUGCUUAUCUACACUGGAUGACUGAUACCUCUCUUCAUGCUGCUUAUAGUUUCGUCACAGGAUUGCACGCUUGCAAACCCGACAGACCUGCAAUUGCUUGGGCAACAUGGGAUCUAAUUGCAAUGGUGGACGAUGGCAAACAUGAUGAUCCUCCAACACACUCUGUAACCUUUGUUUGGAAUGGACAUGAGGGGGAGGAUGUAUUGUUGGUUGGGGAUUUCACUGGAAAUUGGAAAGAACCGAUAAAGGCAACACACAAGGGCGGUCCACGUUUUGAAACAGAAGUUAGGCUUUCACAGGGAAAAUACUACUACAAGUACAUAAUCAACGGUGAUUGGCGGCAUUCCACAAGUUCGCCAACAGAAAGGGAUGAUCGAGGAAAUACUAACAAUAUAAUAGUGGUUGGUGAUGUUGCUAACGUCAGGCCAACUAUUCAACAACCAAGAAAGGAUGCAAAUAUCAUAAAAGUGAUCGAGAGAGUGCUGACAGAGAGCGAAAGGUUCAGGUUGGCAAAAGCAGCUCGGUGUAUUGCAUUCUCAGUCUGUCCAAUAAGACUAUGCCCAAAGUAG